CGUCUAAAGAGAUGGAUCUUACGGUCUUAGACUGUGUCGCUCUUUCAGUUUACAGCUUCACCUUCCUGCUGGGACUUCCUGCCAACCUGCUCGUCUUCUUCGUGUACAUCCGUAAGGCUCGCAAACACGGUGCCACGCCCAACGUGGUCUACGCCCUUAACCUGUGUCUGGCCAACCUGGCACUCGUAGCCUGGAUGCCCGUAAAGGUUCUAGAGACGGUGCUGAAGGACUGGAUGCUGCCACCACCCUUGUGUCCGGUUUACAGCUUCUUCCUCUACUCCUCUCUGUAUGUCAGCUGCCUCUUCAUCACCGCCGUCACCAUUGGGCGAUACCUCAGCAUCGCCUUCCCCAUCAUCUACAAGAGAUACCGCCGUGCCAGACUGUCCUGCUACAUUUGCGUCGCCUUGUGGGCACUGGUGAUGGUGCACCUUGGGCUAAGCCUGAUGGCUGAAGGCGGGGCUUAUUUCAUCGGUGUCCAGGAUGAAGUCUCUGCCUGUUAUGAACAUUUCAACGCAACGCAGCUGAAGAUCCUGCUUCCUCUUCGCCUGGAGAUGGCCAUCGUCUUGUUCAUUUUGCCUCUGAUUGUGACCUCCUUUUGCACGCUGCGCUGCGUCACUCUGGUGUGGCGCUCAAAUUUGCCUCCUUUGGGCAAGAGGAGAGUCCUGGCAGUGGCCCUGUCCACAUUGGCCGUGUUUGUGAUCUGCUACGCCCCCUACAACUCCUCGCACAUUGUAGGAUUUGUUCAGCAGGAAAGCGUUAAAUGGAGGACAACAGCAAUGCUGACAAGCUCCUGCAAUGUCUUCCUGGAGCCAGUGGUGAUGCUGAUGCUUUCACCUGUUGUGUCGAGGGGCAUCCUGGGAAGAAUCUGUGGCCAGCAGAGUCACAUCAGGUGGAGCGAUGGGAGUCGACAUCGAGCGAAACCCACCAGCGGGUUUGCAAAUACCAAGGUUCCACCUAUAACAUCUGCCAGGAUGCGGGCGGAGGCCAAGGUGACGAGAGAAAGUCAAGGAUGUGACGGCGAACAAAACAAAUCCACCAUCUUUCAUAUCCAUAUCCGAUCGGCCGCCAUGUUGUGCAACCAACUGUUGCUCUCCGUCUACAUCCUCACCUUCCUGAUGGGGGUUCCGGCCAACAUCCUGUCCUUCAUCACCCUCUGCAGGAAGGUGUGUCGCAAGGCGGCGCCCAUCGACGUCCUCCUCCUCAACCUCACCAUCUCGGACCUGAUCUUUCUGGCCUUCCUGCCCUUCAAAAUGAAGGAGGCCUAUGACGGCUUGAAGUGGCUGCUGCCCUACUCGCUGUGCCCGCUCACCGGCUUCAUCUUCUACGUCACCAUCUACAACAGCACGCUGCUGCUCACCGCCGUCAGCGUGGAGCGCUACCUGGGCGUGGCCUUCCCGCUCAGGUACGCCGUGUGCCGCCGGCCGCGCUACGCCGCCUGGGCCUGCUUCACCUUCUGGCUGGUGACGUCAUGCAACCUCAGCAUCGUCUACGUCAUGCCGUACUCCCAGUGGAGCUACGGCGGCAACGCCAGCCCUCCCACCACCUGCUACCUGGACUUCUCAGAGGCCGACCUCAGCAUCCUACUGCGCGUGCGCCUGGAGCUCUUCCUCGUGCUCUUCUGCGUCCCCUUCAUCAUCAGCUGCUUCUGCUACGUCAACUUCAUCCUCAUCCUCUCCCGCCUGCCCAAUAUCAGCCGGCGGCGGCGGCUGCGGUGCAUCGGCCUGGCCUUCGGGACGCUGGUGGUGUUCACCAUCUGCUUCGGGCCGUACAACGCCUCCCACGUGGUGGGCUUCGUCCACGGCGACAGCCAGGAGUGGCGGAACCUGGCGCUGAUGUCCAGCACCCUCAACGCCUGUCUGGACCCGUUUAUCUUCUACCUGUCGUCAACGGCGGUCCGUGGCGCUAUAAACCGCUGCUUCAGGAGGGUCACCGCCAAGAUGCACAUCCUGGGGUGUGGAGGGCCUCCGCAACGCAAACCGCAGAGUGGGGACCGGUUCCGGGCAGAAGCUCCACCCUGAAGACCCGACUUCAUUUAAUAUUACGGACAGAGGCGGAAGAUGUUCUAACAGCUGUUAUUAGACCGCAAGAUGAUGCUGUUCUGUGGGACUGAUCGGAAAACUCUGGUGGUUUAAUGUUUUAAUUUAGCGUUCCGAUUAAUUAAUUACAUCGAUUUAUGUAACACAAUUAAUCACUUUUUAUAAUUACAAAAGUUCCGGGCUGGAACCUUUGUAUGGACGCGUUUCUGGGGCGCCCAUAAAUCUGACGUACAGCCGCUAAAAAUAGCAAUGGAAGCUGUUUCUCUCAGCCGACUGGAGUUUAAUUUCUGCUUCUAAGACGAUUUGAUUGGACGCUGGGAAAGAAAAUUGUUGCGUUCAAGUUAUGCUAAAAGUAGUUAGCCUGUCAGCGAAGCCUAAAAUAGCAUCUCAAUGCUAAACAUGUUGCUAAUGCUAAUGUCAGAGGCCAUUGAAGGUCCAUGAAUGAUCAGGGCUUCCUGAAACUCUGGAAAGUUGAGUGGAUAGAAGAGAUGAAAUAAACUAUAGAUAUCUUUGUU